AUGAGGUCCUCUAUGUCUCGGCAGACAUACUCCACUAAAGGAGGCUUUAGCUCUAACUCUGCAGGUGGAGGAGGCGGGUCCCGGGCCCACACCAGCUUCAGCUCGGUGACGGUGUCCCGGAGCAGUGGCAGUGCCGGGGGAACCCGCUGUGGCCCCAGCAAGGGGGGCUUUGGCAGCCGAAGCCUCUAUAACUUGGGGGGCAGCAAGAGCAUUUCGGUCAGUGUGGCUGGAGGGGCCUCCUCAGGGAGGGCCCUGGGGGGCUUCGGCUUUGGCGGUGGGGCCUAUGGGGGCCUGGGCGCCGGCAGGCAGACAUUCGGGCCUGCCUGUCCUCCCGGAGGCAUCCAGGAGGUCACUGUCAACCAGAGCCUGCUGACCCCUCUCAACGUGGAGAUAGACCCGGAGAUCCAGCGGGUUCGUACCCAGGAGCGGGAGCAGAUCAAGACCCUCAACAACAAGUUCGCCUCCUUCAUCGACAAGGUGCGGUUUCUGGAGCAGCAGAAUAAGGUUCUGGAGACCAAGUGGGCACUGCUGCAGGAGCAGGGCCAGAACACGGGUGUCACCAGGAACAACCUGGAGCCCCUCUUUGAGAGCUACUUGGGCAACCUGCGGAGGCAGCUGGACAGCCUCCAGAGCGAUCGGGGGAGGCUGGACUCAGAGCUGAGAAAUGUGCAGGAUCUCCUUGAGGACUUCAAGAGCAAGUAUGAGGAUGAAAUCAACAAGCGCACUGCAGCAGAGAACGAGUUUGUGGUGCUCAAGAAGGAUGUGGAUGCUGCGUACAUGAGCCGGAUGGACCUACACGGCAAAGUAGGCACCUUGACCGAGGAGCUCGACUUCCUAAACCACCUCUAUGAACUGGAGCUGAGCCAAGUGCAGACCCACGUGUCUGACACCAAUGUCAUCCUUUCCAUGGACAAUAAUCGCAGACUUGACCUGGAUAGCAUCAUUGCUGAGGUCAAGGCCCAGUAUGAGCUGAUUGCCCAGAGGAGCAGGGCUGAGGCUGAGGCUUGGUACCAGACCAAGUAUGAAGAGCUGCAGGUGACAGCCGGGAAGCAUGGGGACAACCUGCGGGACACUAAGAACGAGAUUGCUGAGCUCACCCGCACUGUCCAGAGGCUGCAGGGUGAGGUGGAUGCAGUUAAGAAGCAGUGCCAGCAACUGCAGACUGCCAUCGCAGAAGCGGAACAGCGUGGGGAUCUGGCGCUGAAGGAUGCUCAGAAGAAGCUUGGGGACCUGGACACGGCCCUGCACCAGGCCAAGGAGGACCUAGCCCGGCUGCUGCGUGACUACCAGGCCCUCAUGAAUGUCAAGCUGGCCCUGGAUGUGGAGAUUGCCACCUACCGCAAGUUGCUGGAGAGCGAGGAGAGCAGGAUGUCUGGAGAGUGCCCCAGUGCAGUCAGCAUUUCGGUGACUGGCAACUCCACCACUGUGUGCGGAAGCGGUGCCGCCGGCUUCGGGGGUGGCAUGUCCCUGGGCGGGAGUGGGGGUGCCGGCAAGGGCGGGUUCAGCACCAGUGUGGGCUACAGCACCAAGGGAGGGCCCGUCUCUGGGGGUACCUCCAUCCUGCGGAAGACCACCACGGUCAAGACGUCCAGCCGGAGGUAUUAG